AUGAAGAUUGUGGAGAUCCUACGGCCAGAAGUUGAAAAACGGUUGGCUGAUCUCCGAGAGAAGGAUGGUACAGCUGCUGGCGAUCUCGACGAAGUAUCGGAUGAGGAGCUGGACGGGCCCGAGAUCUUCGAAAUUGACAGUGUAGUGAGUGAUGCAGUUCCUGGUGCCCCCGAAAAUUUGGAUGUCGAGGUCAUUGACGAUUCGCCGAUCGCUGCCGAUGACUGUCCAGCAGCAGCCACGAAAGAUGCGACGAAGCUCUCAGAUCUUGACGUCGAGGCUACGGUGACGGUCUCUCGCAACCGAAACACCGGCACCAAUGGAGCCUUCAAGGACCGGCAGCCACUUCUACCGAAGGGCAACUUGCCCUUCAAUUUCGAGGAGCAAGCCCAGAAAAAGCUGGCGGCCAAGAAUCCCAAGAAGCGACACGGAGAAGAUGAGCUCGAUGGCGAAGCCAAGCGAGCCAGAGUUCAGGAUACUAUGCUGUCCUUGUCGGGCGCUGCGAUUGAGAAUGCUACCGUGCCUGAGGAAUCGGGCCCUGCGGUUCAGAAUGCUAUCGUGCCCGAGGAGUCGGGCCCUGCAGUUGAGAAUGCUAUCGUGUCCGAGGAGCCGGGCCCUUCGAGUGAGAAUGCUAUCCUGUCCGCGGACGAGUCGGGCCCUUCGGGUGAGAAUGCUGUCGUGUCCGAGGAGUCGGGCCCUGCUAUCGUGUCCGAGGAGUCGGGCCCUGUGAUUGAGAAUGCUAUCGUGUCCGAGGAGUCGGGCCCGCAUGCGGUUCAGAAUGCUAUGGUGUCCGAGGAGUCGGGCCUUGCGGGUGAGAAUGCUGCUAUCCCCGAUCCGCCUGCUGGGUUAGCUGCAGCACCUGAGAAUUUGCGAUGGCUCAAUGUGCAAGCCGGCGUUAGUGACUGCUGCCCUGCAUCCGGCCCCGUUGACCCCGAUGAACUCAAGACCCUGAGCUACGUCGUCCCCGCCCCGCCGCAGCUGGAUCCGAAGAAGUGCAAGAGCAUCACAGUGCUGCUGAAUAACAAAGCAUUUUAUGUGAACAACAGCUGGGUUCCAUGCCCGGGGGUGAAAGCUACUUGGUACAACCUGUACGUGGACAAGAAAAGGGGCUCAAGCGUGAAGUGGUCCCGCGGCGAGCUUCGACAUGUGUAG